AUGAGCCAAAAUUGCAGGUCCGCUUACGACGUGCUAGCCCGCAUGUCAGACGAGGAGGAUGACGACGUGCCAGAGGACCUAGAGCUGACAUUCGUGCCUGCCUCCAAGCGAUCUGGGCUGGCGACGUCACGUGUCGUCGGCCACCACGCUAGCAGUUCGACACCUUGCACGCUGACCUCCUCGACGGGUAGCAGCGCCACGGUCAGAGACCUUAAGCCACGCUCAGAGACGGUCUACGAGCAGGAACGGAAUGCCAGGGUUCGUCAGCUUCUCGCCGAGCGUCAGGGCACAACGCAAGACGUCGCCUUUUCGCUGGAUAUGUUUGAAGCACCGCUACAGGGCCCAUACACUUGGGCUAACUUUCCGGGGAUGACAAGCCCUUCCGCCUCACCGUCUCCGUCUGCGCUGUACAGCCGGGAAGGUCAGCCGCCGGGCCUCUCGCAGUACCGCGGCCGUAGCGGCGCAGAGGGCAGUGGGAAAGUAGGAUCUGGUGGUGGAGGCGGCCCCCGCAGGUACCGGAUGCCGAAUCCGAACAUGUCGGAGGAGGAGCAGACGCGCUACAUUCGGCACCGCCGCAACAUGGCUGUCAUCCGCAACGCACUGCGCGAAGUUGAUCCCGACACGCUCGAGUAUAUGCAGGUGACCCAGGCACCAGAUCCGCUACCCCUCAGCAGAGACCGUGACGGCUUCCCAAGACCCCACUCUAUCGCCAACCGUGGCCGCGGUAGCUUCGACAUUGGCAGUGCUCGUAGCACGUCGUCGUACCGCGGCGGGGGCGGCGGUUGUGGAAUGCGCGGCCGCGGUGGGAGCAGCUUCUCACCUUAUUCUGCCGGCCGUGGUGCAGGCAGCCCUCGGGGCAACGGAAUCGGCCGCGGUGGUGGUGGCGGCGGCAGCUCAGCACCCUUCAGUCCCUAUUAG